UGCUUAAAAGCGCAAGGUCGCAAGCAUCGCGUUGUGACCCAUUCUGUAUUGGAUCCCCUCUAUCCUCAAUCCUCCCUACGAAGACUGUCGCAGUAGGUAUCCUACCUGAUUUCCAACAGCUAUGAAGAGCAUUCUCGAAGUUGUCCACGAGUGUGAUAACUUCCCGUACUACGAACCAUGGCAUACAGAUGACUGCAACAGAGAGCUAGAGUCGUUAUGGCUUUUCUUCCUUCCCGACGAUCCUCAACCACACGGCUUUCUCCUGGACUCCAUCGUUCAACGCAUGCCAUGGACGUCCGAUUUCCGCCUCAUUACGACCCCAUAUAAAGAAGUCCAUCUGAUAAAACAGGAUCUCGAUGACUGGAAAGAAGCGUGUCAAAAAGCGAUUGAUGACCUACUCGAUCUCACCCGCGAGAAGAAGGUUUUUCCUGGACUGGGGAAGAAGCGCGAUGAACAAUUUCCAAUUGUAGGUGCAAGUUUCGAUAUUGGUAUCGAACGGUCUGCGAGCUCGCUAUUCGGUAUCGUGGGAAGAGGGGCACAUAUGACCGUUUACACACGUACGAGCUCGGAAAUGAAGUUCUGGGUCCCGCGAAGAAAUGCGAAGAAAUCCACCUGGCCGAACAUGCUAGACAACACUGUCGCAGGAGGCGUGGCAAGGGGUGAGAUGCCCUUUGAAUGCCUUGUUCGUGAGGCUGGUGAAGAGGCCGCUUUAUCAGAGGAGCUUGUACGACGAGACACGGUGGCUGUGGGAACUGUAACGUGGUUCAAUAUAUCUGACGAGAAGGCUGGCGGAGAACUGGGGCUUAUGAAUCCGGGAAUGCUGUAUGUGUACGACCUGGAGGUAGGCGAGGACGUGGUUUUCAAGCCAGUCGACAACGACGUGCAGAGUUUUCACUUGCUUGGCGUUGAUGAGGUAAAGGAGGCGAUGAGGAAUGGGGAGUUUAAGCCUAGCUGUGCAACAGUGAUGAUUGAUUUUUUUGUAAGACACGGCUUCAUCACCGCAGAGAACGAGAAGGAUUAUACGGAGAUUGUGUCGAGGCUGCAUCGAAAGUUACCCUUCAAGACAAGUCCUGGGUUUUAGACAUCGUGGUUGAGGGGCCAAGCAAACAUAGAAUAUUCAUUUAUUUUACAGACUUAGGGACAUGCACGUUCAUAAUCAUAGUGGUCCGUCACUUAAUGAUCCCUCCAAUGCGUCGGUACGUGGAGAGCUGCGUGAGAAGGACAGCAGAGCGAAGAUUGUAUCGGGAUUCUGAAGAGUUUGAGCAAAGAGAGCGCCUUCGGUACAUAGGUUAGGGAUGCGGAUGAGGGCGGGGAACGAAAGGAUGGUAGUGGAAGGGAAUUGAGGAGGACGGCGCACCAGCGGAUGGCGAGAGACUGGACGAGGUCCAAUAAGGGAG